UUGGAGGGCAAUCGCCCGCCAGCUGUUUCCUAUACUCAGAACGGAAAAACGGAAAACGUAGACGAGAUUUUCAUCGUUUUCACAUUGCAACAGUCAAAUCAUAUUGCAUUUUACAUAAUUCUCGACGUGUUUUUGGAUGAAAUGGAGUACGAUACAAACUAUCAUCAGGUGUGCUCGACCCGUACUGUGCAGUCGGAUAAGAAGGGUUUCUUCAACGAGUUCUAUUUGGAUGUGAAAGAUGCAUGUGGCGACAAGUGGCUGCAAAACUAUUUCGGCAAACUAAAAUCAAAUGAGGCUCGUAUUCUGUCCAUAUUCAGUGAUCGCGAGGUCUGUGAUCCCGUGCUUGGCGUCCUGGAGCAUGUGCAGCCGGUGUACAAGCAGAAAGAUGUGCUUCUCUCGUCACAACGUCGUGCACAGGCUGAUAAGUUUUAUCUGAUGAGUGUCAGCUCCGAGUUGCCGGAGGAAAGCAAAGAGUUGCUGCAACAGUCGUUGGGGCAUGCCAAUCUGGCUGUGAUGCGGGCACCAGCUCCACAUUUGGAUACAGCCAUCGAUAAUGGUCUCACUCUGGCCAUGGCUUAUCGUUCCCGUGCUGCAAUUCUGAUUGCAAUGGGCGAGGGGGAGGCGGCCUUGAACGAUCUCAAGUUGGCCACCAACUUUGGAUUGGAGUCGAAGGAGAGCGUGGAUUACUACUGCAAGAUGGCCAAGGCGUAUGCAGUAAUGGGCGAGGCUGCACGCGCUGAAAUCUCUUUAAAGAUUGCUGAGAAGUUGGCUGGCGUUGAUUCCAAGGUAGUUGCAGCCUGUCGCAAGGAAAUUGCUGCUUUGAACCCUGGCAAACGAGAGAAACCCAAGGAAGCGUUGGCUCCGACACUAACACACGGCGAGAAUCCUGCACUUAGUGGGGCUGCCAAUGUGGUGAAGCUGGUGGACACCAAGGAGAAGGGCAGAUUCGUAGUUGCCAAUGAGGGUUUAAAGACUGGCGAUGUGGUGCUCUGCGAGAAUCCCGUUGCAGCUUGUCUGCUUCCCAGUUUCUUUGGCACCAAUUGUCAUCAUUGCUUCAAGCGGCUACGCACUCCGGUUGCCUGUCUAAAUUGUUCGGGCAUCGCCUUCUGCUCCGCCCAGUGCAUGGGAGAGGCCUGUGAGUCUUAUCAUCGCUUCGAGUGUCAGUUUAUGGACUUGUUUAUUGGCUCCGGAAUGUCGAUACUCUGCUUUAUAGCGUUGCGCGUCUUUACACAGGCAGCCAGCUUGGAGGAUGGUCUAGCAACAGCGAAUCUGCUGUUUGAGCACUUGUGCUCCCAUCAGGAUGUGCGUCAGGCGGAUGACUAUCUACAACGUGCUCUAAUGGCUGGUUUUCUCAUGAGAGUGCUACAGAAGGCACAAUACUUUGGACGCCGGAAGACCGAAGGCGUCAAUCCCACCGCUGUGGAGCUGCAGGUGGCCACAGCAUUGCUGGGAUUACUCCAAGUUUUGCAGUACAAUGCACACGAAAUCUAUCAUACUCUGGUCACGGAUGAGCAUUGCUUCGAGGGAUGCAAGGUGAUUUAUUUGGGCGCUGGAUUGUAUGGCACCGGUUCCUACUUCAAUCACGAGUGCUGGCCAAGUGUAGCUGGCUAUUAUGUGGGUAAAAAGUUGGUCCUAACAGCCACAAAGCCGCAUCGACCCAACGAGGUAGUUGCUGUUAAUUAUGGACCCAUAUUCACCAAGACGAAUCUCAAGGAGCGCCAAAGAUCGUUACGUGGUCGCUACGCCUUCAGUUGCAAUUGUAUGACCUGUCAGGAGAAUUGGCCAUUGUUGCAGAAGAUCGACAAGCAGGUCCGAUUCUGGUGCACCUCGGCCAAUUGUGUGAAUCUGCUUAAAUUUCCCAAAGAUUUGGCCAAGGAUGUGCGCUGUCCUCGUUGCCGCAAGAACAUUUCAUUGAAAGAAAGUGUCGCCAGACUUAUAAAGAUUGAGGAGUUAUAUCGGGAGGCUGCCGAAGCAAUGCAAGCCCAAAAGACUAGUGAGGCCAUUGAGCUCUUCAAGGAAGGAAUCGAUGCAUUUUUCCAAAUCGCAGCACUUCCACACAAGGACACUCUAAUUGCCCAGCAAGCGUUGCUCAAGUGUUUGGCCGACACGGGAACCACAUUUAAAAAGUAACCUGAUUUAUAGCUGAUUUUGUAUUGAAUGUUUUAAGGAAAUUAAAUAUGUCUAUGCGAAUAACCAAAAAAAUAACAGUUUUAAAUAGAACCA